ACUUGACUUCUUACCAUCACCACCACCAUGACAAUCCCGUCCAUCGAGAAUCACGGCGAACCCUGGUUCGAUGACGGCAAUAUCAUUCUUGUCACGCAAGAAAAUCCAACUGCCUUCAAGGUUCACCGCGGUGUCCUUGCCAGGCAUUCGGAGAUAUUUCAAGGCAUGUUUGAGAUGCCCCAGCCCGAGCUCCAGCCUGAGGCUGCAGACGACAUGGUGGAUGGUUGCCAGGUUGUUCUCAUGUAUGACCCGCCCUUGGAACUCUCCGACCUCAUCAAGGCACUGUACGACGGCGCGUCAUUCGACACGCGAACCAUCAAUGAUUUCUUCUAUCUUGCGGGAUUGCUUCGCCUCUCGACCAAGUACUUCAUCAACCACAUCCGCGCUGGGUGUAUUCACCACCUCAGUCGGACGUGGGCCUAUACCCUCAAAGGCCACGACGAAAUGGUAGAGAUUGCUAUCAACACGACAUCUGUUAAUAAGAUGACCUACCCGUACGUUCACCCUCUGCACGUUCUCAAUCUCGCUCGAGAAACGAACGUCCGACUUGCCGUGCCCUCGGCCCUCUACUUUCUUUCCCUCUAUCGGUUUGAGGACAUCCUUCGAGCAGACCACCCUAAGCUUUUAGUCGACCACCCGUCGCGGCCCUCGUCCUCACUUUCCCCCGACGAUAUGAGCAACUAUACGCUCUUAUCUCAAUGGCGCAUAGAGCUUACUCUAGAUUUUAUUCGUCGUGUUUGCGGGCAGCGUCCGACCCCUCCAGGAUGCAUAAGCAAAGGAUGUGCGCGCAAUUUCACGAGAUUGACUUCUCGUCUAUCCCAGUCAUGGAUGAUGAGGACAGCAUUGUUGCACUACGUCCUGCAGAUCAUCAGGGAGGUGAACGACGAUCCUGCGAGUUAUUGUUCGAAGUGCAGAUUGGCAUUUCGGGAAGAUGCUGAGGCCUUCCGACAGGAGGCGUGGGAUAGCAUGCCCUUGGUGCUGGGACUUCCCCCAUGGGGCGAGUUGAUCAAGGCAGAGCUGGACAACACCAUUGCUUGAAGUCUUGGGAACAUUUUCGCUGACAUUUUUGGUUCGUUAUCUACAAGCUGAUUUACUGGUAGACUAUCUUGUAUAUAAGAGUAGAUGUAGAUCAUCGCAGUACUGUCAAAUAUCGUGUAAACAAUUUACUUCACUAUCAUUGUGGACUUGGGUGGACAAAAAUGGACGCGUCUAGAUCACAUGACAUUUUUGUCCUUC